GUUUUUUUUUUUAAAAAAAGACCAAGGCGCGAAAAUUAUGCCUUCAGCCACAUUUGUCCUGGAGCAUUUAAUGGCGGCACAAACGCGUCUCAACGAGCAAGCCGCAUCGCCAGCAGAGGUCAAAACCAUCAGCAGCAGCAACACCAUCGUGGCCAAAGCCCCCAAAGUCAAGUCAUAUGAGAAGAAACUGUUGUUGGCCAUCAAGAAAAUUGUGCAAUAAUAAACGAACACUCUAUUUGAAAACAAACUAUACACAUUUCACCUUAAUCGAGCUGACUAAGAUCAAUAAAAAGCAAACGGAAAACAGAAAGCAGAAAAACAGAAAGCAAAACAAACAGCGGCAAAAACAAGAAUUCUAGUUUCUGUGUGUUUCAGUGUGUGCCGCCUGGUUGUGUCUUGUUGUUGUGUCUGUAAGUGUGUGUGUGUGUGUGGGCAAGUUGUUACAUAAAAACAAAAAGUAAUAUAAAAGCCGAACCAAGACGCAUUUUCCCACAUUGGAAUAUUCGAAUACUGGAAAAUAACUGCCUAAGCUGUUUUUUUGUUUUGGUGUGUGCGGAAAAACGAGAGUGAAGAAAAUGCUGUUCAACAAAUGCCUGGAAAAGUUGUCCAGCUCGCUGGGCAAUGUGGUAAAUCACAAGCUGCAGGAGAAGCAAGUCUACAACAACAAUAAUAUUAACAACAACAACAAUAAUAAUAAUACAAAUAAUAAUAACAAUAAUAAUAGUAAUGUGAAUAACAAUGCGUACAAUAAGCAGCGAAACUUUGAAUACGAAAGAGCCAUACAGGCGCACUACGGAAGUAAGGGCAGGCGGUCGGACGAGCGAGAGAGGAGCGGCAAGUUCAAGGCCGGCAAGCGUCAGAAGUCGAAGGGCACGCCUCCGGAAACACCGGAAGUCCAGGAAACGACUUGCAAGAACUGCAUGACCCACGACGAGCUGGCCCAGAUCAUUAAAGGCGUGGCCAAGAGCACUGGCCAAAACGCCAGUCGCCUCCAGAGACGACGUCGUCCUUUGUCCGCUCAACCAUCUGCCGCUGCCUCCGCCUCAACGUCCACGGAAUCCCUCCACCGUCUCACACCCAGUCCCCAGGCUUCGUAUGCCUCCUAUCCGGCCACGCCCACCUCCUGGACAGCCACCCCGCCCCAGUUCCCAGCUGCCUUCGGCGAGGCCAGCUGCUCGAACAGCACCCUAUCCCUUUUGGCCAACAUGCGCGUCCAGCUCCAUGGUUACACAUGGUUUCAUGGCAAUCUUUCCGGCAAGGAAGCGGAAAAAUUGAUCCUGGAGCGAGGCAAGAAUGGUUCGUUUCUCGUCCGUGAAUCUCAGAGCAAGCCUGGCGAUUUCGUCCUAUCCGUGCGGACGGACGACAAAGUAACGCAUGUCAUGAUUCGAUGGCAGGAUAAGAAGUACGAUGUCGGCGGCGGCGAAUCGUUUGCCACUCUGUCUAAACUUAUCGAUCACUACAAGCGUAAUCCCAUGGUGGAGACGUGUGGAACGGUGGUGCAUCUGCGGCAACCCUUCAACGCCACGCGAAGCACGGCGGCCGGAAUCAAUGCCCGGGUGGAACAGCUUGUCAAGGGAGGUUUCUGGGAGGAGUUUGAGUCGCUGCAGCAGGACAGUCGGGACACCUUCUCGCGCAACGAGGGCUACAAGCAGGAGAACCGUCUGAAGAACCGCUACCGUAACAUAUUGCCAUACGACCACACUCGCGUCAAGCUGCUGGACGUGGAGCACAGCGUGGCCGGGGCUGAGUACAUCAAUGCCAACUACAUACGCCUGCCCACCGACGGCGACCUGUACAACAUGAGCAGCUCGUCGGAGAGUCUAAACAGCUCGGUGCCCUCGUGCCCCGCCUGCACGGCAGCCCAGACGCAAAGGAACUGCUCCAAUUGCCAGCUGCAGAACAAGACGUGCGUGCAGUGCGCCGUGAAGAGCGCCACGCUGCCGUACAGCAACUGUGCCACCUGCAGCCGCAAGUCGGACUCGCUGAGCAAGCACAAGCGCAGCGAAUCCUCGGCCUCGUCCUCGCCCUCCUCCGGCUCCGGAUCCUCUGGAGCCAGUGGUGUGAGCAGCGUUAAUGGACCCGGAACACCCACCAAUCUCACGGGCGGCACAGCCGGCUGUCUGGCCGGACUGCUAAAGAAGCACUCUAACGACUCGUCAUACGGAUCGGGAUCCAUAGCUGGAUCCAUGUCGAUGGCCGAACGAGAACGGGAAAGGGAACGCGAAAUGUUCAAGACCUACAUCGCCACCCAGGGCUGCCUACUCACCCCGCAAGUGAACACGGUGACGGACUUCUGGAACAUGGUCUGGCAAGAAAACACUCGGGUGAUCGUCAUGACCACAAAGGAGUACGAGCGGGGAAAGGAAAAGUGCGCCCGCUAUUGGCCGGACGAGGGUAGAUCGGAGCAGUUCGGUCCGGCGCGGAUACAGUGCGUUACCGAGAACUCAACGAGUGACUACACGUUACGCGAGUUCCUCGUCUCUUGGCGGGAUCAGCCAGCGCGCCGGAUCUUCCACUACCACUUCCAGGUGUGGCCAGAUCACGGAGUACCUGCCGAUCCGGGCUGUGUGCUGAACUUCUUGCAGGACGUUAACACCCGACAGAGUCAACUGGCCCAGGCCGGAGAAAAACCGGGUCCCAUUUGUGUGCACUGCUCGGCGGGCAUCGGACGCACUGGCACCUUCAUAGUGAUUGACAUGAUCCUCGACCAGAUCGUACGCAAUGGAUUGGAUACCGAAAUCGACAUCCAGCGCACCAUUCAGAUGGUCCGAUCACAGCGUUCCGGUCUCGUGCAAACGGAGGCGCAGUACAAGUUCGUCUACUAUGCGGUCCAGCACUACAUCCAGACCCUGAUUGCCCGAAAGCGGGCCGAAGAGCAGAGUCUGCAGGUUGGCCGCGAGUACACCAAUAUAAAGUACACGGGCGAAAUUGGCAACGAUUCACAAAGAUCUCCAUUACCACCAGCAAUUUCUAGCAUAAGUUUAGUACCAAGUAAGACGCCACUAACGCCGCCAUCGGCGGAUUCAGGCAUUGGGUUGGGCCUGGGCAUGGGCGUGGGCAUGAGCGUCGUCGGCAACAAGCAUGCCUCGAAGCAGCAGCCGCCGUUGCCGGUGGUUAACUGCAACAACAAUAACAAUGGCAGCGGCAAUAGCAGCAACAGCUGCAACAAUGGCAGCAGCAGCAACAACAGCGUCAGCAGCAGCAACGGCAGCAGUAGCAACAGCAGCAACGGCAACAUCAACGCCAUGUUAGGCAGUAUCGGCUUGGGGUUGGGCGGCAAUAUGCGCAAGUCGAACUUUUACAGCGACUCGCUGAAGCAGCAGCAACAGCAACAGCAGCAGCAACAGCAACGCGAAGAGCAGGCGACUGCUCCGGCGGGAGCAGGUAAGAUGCAGCAGCCGGCGCCGCCGCUGCGGCCGCGUCCUGGCAUUCUCAAGUUGCUCACCAGUCCCGUCAUCUUUCAGCAAAAUACAAAAACAUUCCCAAAGACAUGAUCGGCCUGCGACCGCCGAGCCAUGCGCCUGCGUUGCCGCCACCGCCGACACCGCCGCGCAAAACAUGACAAAUGAAUUUCUAAGUCGCGACGCCCCUUGACACGCCCCCUGACACCCAAUCCCAAAACCCCGACCACCCAAACGCACACAAAACCCCACAUGUGGAGUUCAUUUAUAAUAUCACCCUGCCGCCCCCUAAAAAAAAACCCAAAAACCCCAAACCCUUGUCUAUGUUUUACUGUUGUACCACGUUCUACGUUUUUUUUUUUUUUUGUAUUAAUUGUAAUCUAUAUACUUUUUUGUAAUUGUGUGUAAUGCUUAGUUGUACGUCAUUGUCUCGCUUUAUGUUGUAAGUGUUCCCUGCACACGCAAAGCAGUAACCCCACCACCCGAAAAAGAAACCCCAGAAGAACCCCACACCCCCAGGCAUAUUUAUGUAGUAGUUUUUUCAGAGCCCCCGAACCGGAAGUUAAUGAUACAAUCUGGGCGGAACUGCAGCAGAUCCGCCAAAAAAAAACACACAUUUUUAAGAAGAAUCGCAGCAACAAAAUGAUUAGGUCCCGUUCCCAGUUUUAAAAUCUCUUGAAUUUGCCGGAAUUAUAAUUAAUUUCAUUUCACUUUUUUGAAAAUCAAUAACUUUUGAUUUGAUCUUUGACUCAUGCCAAAAAGAAAAGAAAAACGUAAAUUUGUUGCGCUGGUUUCAAACCAGAAAUGUUGACUAAUUUCAAAUAUAAACUUUUUUGAAAGUAUAAUAGGUUCCCAAUGAGUGGUUUUAAGCCAUUUAAAUUCUCGAUUGCCGGAAAAGUGAAAUCUAGUUCCGGUUUUCCCUUGUUUUUCCCCCCGAAAUGAUCGAUUUUCAGACAUAAAAAGAAAUUCCGUCAAAUUCAAUUUGAAACGGUAUCGGGUAGCCGGUUGGAGUGCAAAUCAAGUUUUUAGUGUUGUAAGUGUUGACAAAAUCGAGAGAGGAGGAGUUAGAGGAGUAACUAAGGCAGUAAGCACGUAACGAUAAUGAUACAAAAAGCGUUGAUUGUGAUUCGAGUGACAGCGAGAACAGAAACAGUAACUGAAGCAGAUGAGAACGGAGGCGAGCGAGAUCAGAUUCGAUUAGAUCAGACCAGAACAGGACAGCAGAGACGCCAACCGAACAGAACAGAUAGGAACAGAUCAGACGAGAAGAGAACAGAAUAGAACAGAUUAGCGGUAAAAAUAAAAAAUAAAAAGAACAGAAAAAGCUAAGAAACGCUUAAGCGUGUCGUCCCUAGGAUAAGAAAACUAAGAUUACAGCUCGCCAGAUCCAGAUCUAGAUCUAUAUCUCUAGCAGCCAAUUUCUGGUUUCCCCCCUUACCGCCCCCCCUUUCCCUUUUAUUUAGUGAUGAUUGUAUGUGUAUGUUCUUAAUUGUAUAUUGAUGAUUAUUUAUAAAGGUUUUCCCAUUGUGUUACAUUUCAAAUGAUCGAAGAAGAAAAUUGUAUUUAAAACAAAAUUAUAAAUUGUAUAUUGAUGAUUAUUUAUAAAGAUUUACCCAUUGUGUUACAUUUCAAAUGAUCGCAGCAAAUUGUAUUUAGAAAUUUAUAAAUUUAGAAAUUAUAAUUUAAUUGCGCGUAUGUGUCUCUCUAUUCCUUUCUCUCUACCCCAGUCUCCCCAUCUCUGUCUCUCUCACCCUCUCUCUCUCUGUGCAUGCACGAGUGUUUUCUUUUUGACUAAGUUUAUUAUUUCAAACGCUGUAGCUGUAGCUGUAGCGGAAUCAAACUAUAUAUGCAAUAUUUAAGCACAGUAGCUCCUAAGGUAAGCACAGUAGCUCCUAAGGUACAGCUAAAAACGAAAAAAAAAAAAAACAAAAUAAGAAUCCACCAGCAAAAUCAAAAAUAUACAAUUUACAGGAAGGAAUAACUCAAUAUAACAGCAGCAGCGAAUUAAACCCAUUAGGUUAUUGUGCAAAUCUAAGUAAUAUUUUUAAAAUAUACCUUUAUUUUAUCUUA